AUGUGUGACUACUGCAGCUAUCUGGCGAAGGAAAGAGAUCGCGAAGUGCUGUCCCUGGCCUCAGCGGGAGUUUCGUUUCUGUUUGUCGAGUACCCCGAGUUCCACGCCGUCGUCUCCGGGCUCAACAAGAAGGCACGGGCUCCUAUUCGCCGGGCUCUCGUCGAGAAGAUGCGCGAGAUCAAGAAAAACCUCGAAAGCGAGGUGGCGCUCAUGCUCGAUGAUGAGUAUGUCGCGAUUACCACGGACGGCUGGACGUCUCGAAGUAACGAGUCGUACAUGUCGCUGACCGUGGCCUACAUCGACGUCGGGUGGCAGCUGCAUCAUCUUUCCCUGAACUGCACGAAGCAUACAGGGAGCACCCACGGCGAGGACUUGGCGAGGGAGAUAACCAGCAUGAUCGAACGCCAUGGCCUCACCGGUCGGGUGACGGCAUGCGUUACCGACUGCGAGCCGUCCAUGGUCAAGGCGGGUCGCCUGCUGGAGGUGGGUGGGAGCAAUCUUGAACACAUCGGUUGCUCCAACCAUCGCAUGGAGUCAACGACGUCAUCGGUCUUCAACGGCAAGAGUCUGGGCGCUUUGGCGAAGGCGCGCGCGGUGGUUGGCCGCUACAAGAGAUCGAGUCAAAUGUCGGGCCGCCUUGCCGUAUUCAUCGGCAUCCUCAAGCUUUCCCCUCUGUCCGUGCUGCAGGACGUGGAGACGAGGUGGUGGUCGUCAUGGGCGAUGAUCGAGCGCCUCCUCUACCUCAUGAAGGCCAUCAAGCUACAUGAGUCCACGGACAACAUUGCCCCAGUGUUGUCCGAGACAGAUUGGGAGGUGCUGCGGCUGAUCGAGCCCAUCCUGCGGCCGUUCAUGCAGGCGCAGAAGGAUCUGGAGGGGGCAAAGUACGUGACGGGUAGCAUGACUGUGCCGAAGAUCGGGGAGCUGCGGAAUGGCCUCGAGGCGGCAAUUGCUGACCUCAGAGCCACGGACCGAUUCGGGAUCAGUGCUUCGACGAGGGAGGCGAUGGAGGCCGUUUUGCCGGACGCGGAAGCGUUGUGGGAGGAUUUUCUCAACCGCUGGGGUGACGGCUCAAGCAUCCUCGAAUACAGGGAGGGAAAGCGGCGCCAACCCCAGGGCUUCAAGCUGCAGCAGGUGUGCGCAACGGCCGUCGACCCGCGUGCGAAGCACCUUUACGGCAUACGCCAGGCGGAGCAUGCCAGCGUGUGGCGCGCUGUCGCAACGAAAGCGGUGGACAUUGCCGCAGAGAAGUUCUCCAGCGACAACACGGCUACCUCCGGCUCUGCACCUGCUGCCCAACCCGUGGGGACGCCGCCGGUGGCACCCGGCGGGCAGGGAGCCCCGAAGCGGGCUCGCUUGAGUGCGUUCGAGGCUGCCGCUGCUGCCCACGCCGGUGCGGCGGCUAGCAGCGCUGGUGGCCAAACUCUGGACGAGAAGCGAGAGCAAUUGGCGAGUGUCGUCGACCUCGAGGUAGCUUCUUUCCAGACCACACCUGGGAUAAGCAUAUGGUACUGGGGAACGGACGGCAAGAAGGUCUACAACGAUCCUCUGGAUUGGUGGCGCACGAGGCAAAUGGAGUUCCCUCAUCUGGCAGCGCUGGCUCGUCGUGUGCUUGCCAUUCCAUCGUCUCAGGCGCACUCCGAGCGCGUAUGA